UGACGUUGUAGUACGUUUUUCCCUCUUCAGCGUUUUCAUUUUUUUGCCAAACAUUGCUGCUCAGGGUUUUUCAGUCAGGACUCUAGGCUUUAUAACGCGUUAAAGUAGGCUACAUACAGCCUUUACUAUGUUUCUGACCGAGACCAAGCGUUUUCACUUUUUACUUCUACUUAUUAUUCUUCACAGUGAAGUAGAACAGGCGUACGCAGUGUGGCCAAUGCCACAGCAGAUGAGCCAGUCUACAGACCGCUAUCCUAUAAAUCCUCAGCUGCUCGCCUUCAGCUACGCCAGGGAUUCAGCUGCGCAGAGUGGAUGUUCUGUCCUGGAUGCUGCUUUCGAAAGAUACUUCAACCUGAUUUUCCCCGACUUUGUGGGUGGAACAGGACUCAGUAACAUUUGGUCAGAGCCAAAACCCUUCACAGUAUCAGUGAAAGUCAAAAACGGUGAAUGUGAUGGAUUCCCUGAUGAAGGCUCAAAUGAAAGCUAUAACCUCAGUGUAUCUGCAGGUCAAGCUGUCUUGAAAGCAGAGUCAGUGUGGGGAGCUCUGAGAGGACUGGAGUCCUUUAGUCAGCUGGUGUACCAAGAUGAUUACAACUUGUAUUUUGUCAAUAAGACUGAAAUUGAGGACUUCCCACGCUUCCAGUUUAGGGGUCUUUUGCUGGACACAUCAAGGCAUUAUUUACCCAUGCCUGCUAUUCUGAAGACGCUGGAUGCCAUGGCCUAUAGUAAAUUCAAUGUGUUUCACUGGCACAUUGUAGAUGACCCUUCUUUUCCUUACCAGAGCCGCAAUUAUCCAGACCUUAGCAGCAAGGGAGCCUUUCACCCGAUGACACAUAUUUACACACAGUCAGAUGUGAAGAGGGUAAUUUAUCAUGCAAGACUCAGAGGAAUCAGAGUGGUGCCAGAGUUUGACUCUCCAGGACACACUCAGUCCUGGGGUAAAGGUCAGCCAGACCUGCUGACUUCCUGCUACAAGGGAAAAGUUCCCUCUGGAACAUUUGGCCCUGUCAACCCAACCCUGAGCUCCACCUACCAGUUCCUGAAUGGCCUCUUUAAAGAAGUGACCUCAGUCUUUCCUGAUUCUUAUUUACACCUGGGAGGAGAUGAGGUUGAUUUCACCUGCUGGAGGUCAAAUCCUAAUGUGCAGGCAUUCAUGGCAAAAAUGGGUUUUGGAAGUGACUAUACCAAACUGGAGUCAUACUACAUGGAAAACAUUGUGAACAUCACUGCUGCCCUCAACAAGACGUCCAUUGUUUGGCAGGAUGUGUUUGACUACCGUGAACGAAUCCCCAUGGACACAGUGCUGGAGAUCUGGAAAGGAGUUCCUGCAGAUUACCGUGCUGAACUGGGCAGAAUCACUCUUGCUGGGUACAGGGUACUGCUAUCAGCCCCCUGGUACAUCAACCAUAUCAGCUACGGGCAGGACUGGCGCAAUGCCUACACUGUGCAGCCCCAGAACUUCUCCGGUACAGAACAGCAGAAGAAGCUGGUGAUUGGUGGUGAAGUCUGCAUGUGGGGAGAAUAUGUAGAUGCAACCAACCUCACUCCACGCCUAUGGCCUAGAGCAAGUGCAGCGGCUGAAAGGCUGUGGAGUGAUGAGGAGAAGACCUCUAGUGUGGAUAAAGCUUUCCCUCGCCUAGAGGACUUUCGCUGUACAUUGAUUAGACGUGGUAUCCAAGCAGAACCUCUGUUUGUAGGCCACUGCAAACAUGAGUAUAGUGGACUUUAAGUAAAAGGAUGGAAAUAUAAAUUAACACUGAACAUAUUUUGCACAUAGAUUGUGCUUGCAUUUCUAAAAUAAAUAGUACUGUAUAUUUUCUUAAUAUUUUAAUGUUUUUACUAUAAUGCUGUAAAUUGAAUCUAAAAGAAUUAAAAUAUGAUUAAAGACUUGA